CAUGUGCUGUCAAAAGGGGUUUGCAAAUUUUGUUGUCCUGAAAAGUUGGUUCGCGAUUUAUUGGUGAAAUCGAACGUGGUUUCGUCGUUACAGAAGUGAAAAUUUGAGCCCGCUGCUGCAGACAGUGAACGGAAACUUGUUCCGGCAAGAGUUGUUAAGGUACGUUGAGUCAAUCCUUUCAUAGUUGCUUAUUAUUUAGUUUUAGCUCGCUGACGGAAAGAGGGAUCACCACGAUAUGUACCAUUCCACUUAUGUUGUGCAAUUAUGCAAUGGGCGGAUACGUACAGAGCAGCAUAUGCUCGGUUGGUGCAGCAUUUUUGCAGACCUAUUGGAUCAUUUCUAAAAGGCAUCCCAGCUGACGAGCGAUGUCGAGAGGUGCGAUCAAUGGCUGAGGGGUCAUAUGUGAUUUUCUAGAACUCUCACAUCAUGUAAGAUUUUUACAUUGAGUUGGUUGGGCAAACCCCCACCCUUUGCUGCUCCCCUUUACAUUGCAUAAUAGGGGCCUUUUUGAACAAUAGCCAACCAUCAACUUAAGUCCGUUUAAAUUUAGCAUCGUUCGAUCGGUUGGUGCGAGAACAUUGCCUAAUAUUGUGUGCAUUUUGCAGCGGCUCGCAACGAUCCUCGCAGCGACAGCCAAAGUAAAGAUUGACCUCAUUGCUGAUGGCACGUGACGGAGCUAUGCUCGCACAGUAAUGCUGUUUUCAUGCGCGAGAAUGUGAUAGGACUAUGUUUAUUACCGCCGUGCUGACCUCCACUGGCUGUUUGGCCUUCGCGUGAACCAUUUUUUUUUUUCGUUUGAUGUCACAACGUUACUAUCCGGUUAGGACCAGUCCGCAGUUGAUGGGUUGAGAUAUUGCCUGCCCUUGAAUUUUACAAACCACUUUAAUCGUUCUGAAUUACUCUGUUCAACCUGCAAACGAGAUUACUGUACCGCAAAAAGAGAAUGUUUAGUAUUCUAUGAUUAAUGGAAGGUUUUUUUGGACAUUUUGGACGGUCCCAGACAUCGUAGUCGUUAAUCAUCGGUACAUGAGAAAGGUAAAGAACGGUCCUUAAUUUAAAGCUAUUAAAGGAUCGGGGAUGAUUGAUUUCUAAGCUUAAUAUUUUGCCAAUCUCCUUCAGCAAGACUUAGCGCAGCCAAAACACGUUACCACCCAGCCAUAAAAUGGAUAUCAGUACAUCAACCGCGUCGCACUGCAGAAAGGGGAGACAAACAACAAACUGAUGUAAUCUGUGUGUCUCAAAUGGUUGCGUGCGGUUUGCGACGAGUCACGAUUAGCGCGACGACCCGCGCCAAGCGGUUUGGUCGCCGUCACCGUGUUUCAUCGUGACCGGAAAAUCUGGUCGUAUAAAAUCAAAAAUGGAAAGUUUCAUGGUUUCUUUUUAUUUGCUAUCGAACGCACACCGGCGUAACCAAGAGCUGUGUGAUAAAAAAAGUAUGGCAAGUACAUUAUUUUUGCUGCGAUCGUGCCAUGUAGGGAAGGGCUUUCGCACAAACAGUGACUAGACAGAAAUUGUAGGUUUCUAAAAUGUGUCAUCUUGAAGAUAUCGCGUGGAGCAAAUGUGCAACCGUAUAAGCAUAUCAGCACCAUGUUACAUGAUAGCAGGCGCUACCGAUUUGUGUGAUUUUUAAGAGCAAACCUUUAUCAAUGUGCUAUGCAAUGAUGAUUGUAUCAAGUGAGAGAGAAAAAAAACAACACACACACAUCGUGCACAUAACCCACCAGCACGAUUUGUUCCUUUCCAAUCUGCGAGCAGACACGCGCUUGCUUUAACUCUACGAACGCCACCACAAACACCACCACCACCAUCACCACCACGAACGCGACAAAGCACCGUGGAAGGGGUUGCGUUGGAUCGCGACAGUGUGGCGUGGUGGAACAUUGCGCGUCCAGUCACGACCGCUGGCCGACGAGCGUUCGCGGGCAGUGCAAAGUGAACCUUCACCAUCCACGGAAGUUUCGCUGCUGGCAAAGAUUUCUCAAUUCCCCCAAACGUGUGUGUGUGUGUGCCCGUCUGUCUCCAUAGCAACAAGAGGGAGUUUGCAUAGGCCAACCGCGACUAAAAAGUAGGUUGACGAAACGAAAGCGAUCGUCGCCGCGUACGUUGUGUAUUCCGCCACGUUCUUGGUGGGUCCAAAGCUGUGCUAAGGUGAGGGUGAACGAGUUUUAUGUUUAGGGCUUGAAAAUCAACACCGAACAGGCACUUAACCGACACGACUCUGUUUCCCGACAGCCGAUUAGACAGUAAGUAAAGCUUUAUACUUAAUCAUUGCAAGUUUAAAUAUGGAAAAUCGGUUCAAUGUCCGAUCGGUUUUGGGCAAUGAUGUAAUGCUCGGCCUGUCUGCGGGUAUUGAUUAAUUGUUAAUCGUGUUGUGAAGAAUUGUGCAAAAUGGCAAACUUCGUCAAUUAGCCCGCGAGUGCCCCCGAUAAGUAAUGGUGAGGUACCGCCCCAUGGGUCACUGUUUCACUGCAACAGAUCGCCCAAUCCGUAGCAUUAAGCUGUUUUAAGUUGAGGUAGCAGAGUGGAACACAUCCAUCCUAUCUAGCCGGUAACCCCUGUUCAACUUUGCAACCAUACUUUCCGUCAGACGGGGCCCGGUAUGGUAAUCUCUGUAUGGUAUUUUGCAAGAAUUUGGUUUUUUUGUUGUUGUUGCUUCAGUUGCUGAUCUGGCGAACGGAAACGAAAACCAUUCCGGUUGGUUUUGUAGCAAUCAAUUGGCAGACAGACGCACUUAUUUCCUUGAUUUUGUGAUUUAUGCGUCUGCAGAGUGGAGAUGUAAGUGGACCAUGGACGACGUACGGUGUGAUACCCAGUUGUCUAGUGCUCAUUGCUUGCUAACGUAGUUGGCAUCGGUUUUUUGUUAUACCUUUUCAGUAGUUGUAGUAGUCGGUAGACGCGGCGUUUCUGUGGUUCUUGGACCAGGAAGCACUACCAGUUCAUCCGAUUUUCGGCAACCGGUUGUAACGAGUUAUUUGGCUUCCAACUUGGCUCCAUUACACUGGGUAGCGCAUAUGCCCGCACAGCGAUAAGACACUUUUUUGCCUGUUUUUUCAUGGACUAUCUCACAACCAUAGCCAUAAAAAGUAAUCCCACUACGGUACCACUCCACCCCAUUACCAUCGCAACCACAUCCGAUGACUUUCAACCAUCCCCGGCCUACCACUUACUUGUCCUUGGCUGACAAGGUGCUACUUUUAUCUAGCGCUGAACACUUGCCCUCCGCUCUUUGUAUUUCCGUGCAUCGAUGGGCUAUGGGGGGCAUCGUUAAACAAACGGUUGGUUCGUUUAAUGAAAUAUCACGUUUCAAGUGUCGCGACGCAAAACAACUUAAGCUUUGCGAAGGGGGGGAGACUGAACAAAUCGCGUGUUUGAAAAGCCGCUGAUGACUGGUCAGUUUUUAACGAACGGCUUCCCCCUGUCCUGUGCUGCUUUAGAUGCUGAUUGAUUUUGUGAAUACAAUCUUUGGGUCCGUCUGUCUUAAUUAGAAUGUUUGAGUUUGGUGACUACAAUUCUUGUUGGUCUCUUAAUUCGUUUCACUCCGCAGAAGGUUCCGAGUUGAUGGCAAUUCAAAAGGAGCAUCCGUUAAGUGUGAUUAUUUGAACUGAAAUUAAAGGAAGAGAGUAGAUUACGGAUAUUGGGGAUAUGUUUAUGACUCAAUGAAUUUUGUACUCCAUUUCCAAAACAUUCAGGAAGUAGAAUCCCAAAAGAGGAGUAAAUCCCUAACUCGGACCAGAGACUAAGUGAGUUGAAUGCAAAAUAAUGAUUCACUAGCAGGUCGCCAAAAGAUGUUGAAAUAUUAGUAGAAGAGUGGCUUCAGAGAUUUGAACAUUUCAACUAUGAUUCAAACAUCUGAGAAGAUUUAGAAUACUUAUCUGUAUGUCUUUAUCGUAUUUAAUAACCUAAAAAAAUUAACCACUUGUACAAUAAUUAUUAAAUACCACGCGAUAGACAGUCGGGAAGACGAUCGAUAUGAGACUUGAACCAACGACGAGCAUGUUUUUAAAUCGUGCGAGCUAACGACUGCUCCUCCAAUCUCAGGACUGUGGCAACGAUCUUAGUAUAAUGAUGAAUAAUUUAGAUUUUACGGUUAGACAUAAUGCUCCCUUCAGGCUUGGGUAGAUUCCCAUUCGAGGCUGUCUUGUAAAGCCUGCAUGAUCGCCUAGCUCAUUACUCAUAUUACACAAAGAGGAACAAAAAUAAGGAUACUGGGUAGCCCUGAUAGUCUUUUUCUUCUAUGACCCGGAAAUGAUGUAUACUAGGGACAAUCGUUACUCUUCGGUGUAGCAAAAGCAUCCCACAGGAUCUAGCACAGUCGGUCAGGAAGCCCUUGGUAUGCAGAUAAACCAAACAGGACAAAGGAAACUAGGUUGAUGGCGGGAAGCAUCAGAAGCGGCACUUUGAAGUCAUCGUUCGUCCUAUCGCUCCUCCGGUACCAUGGCCAGCCACAACUGUCCAUAGCAUCAGCCAAUAUUGAUGUCGACUUACGGAACAAUUCACUGUAGAGAGCAGCCGACACCAAGAGUGAAGAAAUCUUCCCUAGUGAGACAUGGAUUCUUGUUCAAAGUUAGCAAAAUAUGGCCAUUGGAAUGACUGGAUUCCUACUGGAAUUUUGUACCAAAUUCUGCUGUAGAAUACCUACAUAGCGUUCAGUUCUUUAUUUCCUCGCAUACGUGUCCGGAAAAGUGGCAAUCAAUCAACUGGUUGGAGUUUGUUUACUCUGCACCUCAGUACACUUUUCGCCAUACAAACCCCCCUACAAACCUUGUUAUUGUGGCAAGACAGUACGCCUGUUCAAAUGAUACAGUAACAAGUGCGCACCUACAAUACUCCCGUUUGUAGCUUUGCGCUAUUGUUACAGAUGGUGUCAGCUAUUUCUUUACCUUUCACCGUCCCCAGGUUUUAACGUCAAUCGCGCACUUCCUUUAAACCAAUAGCCAGUGUAAUAACGAACCAAAUUAGGCCUUCGGUAAGCUCGUGCAAAUGGCACGAUACAAACGCCACGCCAUUACUGUAUCGAACACGAACAUCGUGCCAAGAGUAGUAGCGCCCCGCGAUAUCCGAUAAGAAAUUACUUAUCGGCACGAAAUCGUUCUACAGUUCUCAUUUGCCAUUCGAAUCAAUUGGAAGCACCCCCCCCCCCCCCCUCUUUUUCCCCUUCCGCGCUCCGCUCUCUACGUCGUUUCCGGCGCCAAAGGCAACGCGCAACGGUAGAAGGUUAUUAAAAUUCAUCAUCCUUCCAUCGUCGUGUGACCCUGUUUGUGUCCUGUACGACCUUCCCUGUCUCUUGGUGUACUGUGCGCGAGUACGGCUGUUUUGCGCCCGCCAGGAAUCAUUCUUCGCGGUUCAGUUGUCUAAUGCUAUUUCGCAAACAAGCCAACGCGCAUCUUCGCGUUCCAGCGCGUUGUAACACGACGGCAACAGUUUUCGGAUGCAGUUAAACCGUAAGAAGGGAGAGUCCACCGUUAUCUGUGGGUGGCGAAUCGCAAGGUGAGAACUCCCUGCGUACGGAGGGAGAUCACCAUUGAAUACGGUGGCGCAAUCAUCUGCAAAACAGCAUCACCGUCACCGGUAUCAGAGCAGAUUAAGGGCACCACCACACUGCAGUCCGAAGAGUGGGGAAAGAACUGCUCUGCAGGAGCCAUCCAUCUACAGGCAGCAGCAACAAUCGUGUGCUGUGUGUGGACCCGACCCUGCAGAGAUUGCCGGGCGGCGGGUUUGGUAUAUAAAGCGAACGACACCCCGUGCGCCGUUCGACAGUUGCCGAUCUGGUACGGAUCCAUGUAGAGUAAAACCAAAGCUUGCCAGUUUUGCCACCCGAAUCGACAUCUGCGUGCGUGUGUGUGCUGUUGUUUGAAAGCAUAUUGGUGGUGGUGGCCUCCCAUUCGAACCGUCGCUUACCUGGAACGAUUGACUGCUGUGAUCUGCGUGUCUGCUCCCACUCUUUGCUCUCUAAUAUAAGAGCACUAUUAUACACAUUUGCGGAGCGAGGAGGAGGAAGAGGUGGAUUAGGCACCACCGCCAGAGACAGUGGCUGACCUGUGGCUGUGGCCGGCCCAUGCGUUCAGUGGUGCAUUGGUAGUGUCUGCAGCAGUGCCGUGGUGUUGCGGUUAAGAAGGCGAUGGUGACUCGAUUGUGAUUAUUAUAUACCUAUUGGGCAGUUGGACUAACCAUACCGCGCAGCGCCUACUACUGUGUGUUGCGAUCGCGGUGCCAAGGGGCAUACCGUGCGGUUUCGAAAGUUUAGUGCCCUCCAGAGGUGUGGAGGUAUAUCUUGUGAGAGACACAAGCUUUAAAAAAAACAACCCUGGUAAUAGCAGUGUAUCGGGCGAAUAGGUGCGUAAGCAAGAAACUUGUUUCACGCUGGACACGUUGAUUGAUGAGUGAGCGUCUUGGUGGACCUAGUCAUCGCAUCCAGAUCAAGAAGCAAUUCAGCAACAUUAUCUGUCGUUUUUUUGUUGUACGUUUACUAAGUGAUCCGAAUUUACGCCCGGAAGACUCUGUUUUGUACGCCUCAUAGGAACAUCUAACUCCCGAAAUCCACAAAUAUGAUGCAGCUCUUCAAUCUAACCACCACCUCCCUGUUCGUUGCCCGCACGGUAAGCAGCAUUAAGAAGAUGCCUUGCCCGUUCCUGACCCGUCUCAGCACGAGCUACGUGCGCAACUAUGCGCCGGCCCUGCUCAAAACGUACGGUGCCCAGUGUCCGGUGGUGCAGCGCACCAUCUCCACCCUGCAGGGUGGUGCACCGGCGGCCGGCGGUGCGGUUGGUUCCGGCGCCCAGGAGACGCCCACCACCACCGUCAAGAAGGAUGCGUCGACCGAGGCCCGGCGCAACCUGAGCUCGAUGCAGCAGCCGCAUCCGGUGCAGCAGCAGCCGGCCGCCGGGAACAAGUGUCCGUUCCUGAGCACGGCCGCACCGCACGUGAAGAAGCUCGGCGCGGAAAGCGUGGAGAUACCGGCGGAACGCACGUUCCAGUACGAGGACUUCUUCCACGAGCAGAUCCUGCGCAAGAAGCAGGACCACUCGUACCGGGUGUUCAAGAAGGUGAACCGGCUGGCCGCCGACGGGCAGUUCCCGCGGGCGCUCGAGUACUCCUGGGGCGAGCGGCCGAUUACGGUGUGGUGCUCGAACGACUACCUCGGCAUGUCGUGCCAUCCGGAGGUGAAGCGGGCGGUCGCCGACGCGCUCGAAACGUACGGCACCGGGGCGGGCGGUACGCGCAACAUUUCCGGCAACUCGAUGAACCACGAAAACCUGGAGCGCCGGCUGGCCGAGCUGCACCAGAAGGAGAGCGCGCUGCUCUUCACCUCCUGCUUCGUGGCGAACGAUUCGACGCUGUUCACGCUGGCGAAGGCGCUGCCCGGCUGUCACAUCUUUUCCGACGCCGGCAACCACGCCUCGAUGAUACAGGGCAUCCGCAACAGUGGCGUGCCGAAGCACAUCUUCCGCCACAACGAUCCGGCGCAUCUGCGCGAGCUGCUGCAGCGCGUCGACCGGUCGCUGCCGAAGAUUGUCGCGUUCGAGACGGUCCACUCGAUGUCGGGCGCGGUCUGUCCGCUGGAGGAGCUGUGCGAGAUCGCGCACGAGUACGGUGCGCUAACGUUCGUGGACGAGGUGCACGCGGUCGGGCUGUACGGUGAGCAUGGGGCGGGAAUCGGUGAGCGGGAGGGCCAGCUGCACAACAUGGACAUCAUUUCCGGCACGCUCGGGAAGGCGUUCGGCAACGUCGGCGGGUACAUUGCCGGGACGGCGCUGCUGAUUGACAUGAUCCGGUCGUAUGCGGCCGGGUUUAUCUUUACCACCUCGCUGCCACCGACCGUGCUGUGCGGUGCGCUGAAGGCGGUCGACAUUCUCGCGUCGGAGGAGGGCCGCGAGCUGCGCGCCCGCCACCAGUCGAACGUGCGCUAUCUGCGCAAGCGGCUGCAGGAGGAGGGCUUCCCGGUGGAGCAUACGCCGAGCCACAUCAUUCCGGUGAAGAUCGGCAAUCCGCAGCAGUGCACCGAGCUGUCGGACCGCAUGAUCCAGCGCUUCGGGCAUUACGUGCAGGCGAUCAACUAUCCGACGGUGGCGCGCGGUGAGGAGAAGCUUCGGCUGGCUCCGACGCCUCACCAUACGCGCGCCAUGAUGGACGAGCUGGUGCGCGACAUGAAGGUGGUCUGGCAGGAUCUCAAGAUGCCGCUGGGCGGCAAACACUGCCCGGAGGAGUGUGCCUUCUGCCGGAAGCCGCUGCUGUUCGAUCGCUUCGAGGCGCGCACGCAGGCUGGCGCGUCCAGCUGCGCCCAGGAGCUCCACUGCCAGAUACCGAACUGCCCGCAGAUCGCUGCCGUGGCCAAUUAGAGAGAGAGAGAGCGGUAUGAGGCGCAAAAUUGCUUCCAUCGAGGUGUAGGUGUGCUCUCGGGGAAGGGAAAAAAUGGUACACUUUUGGGGUGAUCGCUUCGGUGUUGGGAAGCUGUACACAAACAGACAACCAGGCAAAAAGAGUAUAAUAGUCCUUCGCGGUCCGGUUGUGUCGGAGGACGCAAUGACAUAUCGACAUGCGGAAUCAAAAAAAGCCGUAUUAUUUUCGGACACAAUCUCCCCUUUCCGGUUAUCCUUGCCGGACGAGUGUGUCCUCUGUCUCUCUCUCUAUCUCUUUCCCCCCUGCUCGUUAUAUUUAUGUAGGUGCAAUGUUGAAUGUUGUUCCACUGUGUUGUAAACCAAUGUAACCCGUUGUUAAUUCCGCUUCCAGGCGGGCAUUUUUACAAUCAUGUUGCGUUGUGAAAUGGUGACCCCCCCUCCCUUCUAGGCCUUGCUCCAUUCCAGAGUCGUAGUUACCGAAUUUGUUAUCUAUCUGUCUUGUUUUGUUUUAUGUUUAUUCCGCUCGGCCAGCCAAGCGGGCCCGUGAGGGAAAAUUCUACCUACUACUUAUUACAACACCAGCUGUCUUUUGUUGUUUCUGCCGGCGAGAUCGUACACCGGAUGCAAUCUGGGCCGUAAUGUCGACACGACAAAAUUUCUAUCUUGAUCGCCAGUAGCAGCAGCAACAGCAGUAGCGUGAGCAACACAGCAGCUUUUCGUCGAUAUGUCGUUGACAAUAAAUUAACAGUUGAAUUAAAAAUGUCUAUUCCACACAAACACAAAAAGUAUACAUUAUAUACACUGUCGUCUAAAAUAAAUGUUAUUUCAAAUUAUGGCAAAA